AUUCGGCCCAAAGCCCAACGACCUAUUGCCUGCAACUUUUCUUGUGCGACGGGAAAAGCACACAAAACAAAACUCUCAUCAGUCCUCCAAUUAGCUGUUUUUCUCCGAUCGAAGAUCAACUAUUCCGACAAUGAACAUGAUGGAUUCAGCUCCGGCUAAAAGUAGCUUAAUGAGCCCUGAAGCUGAUAUUCAGAGAACACAGUAUCCUUAUGUGACUGGGACAUCCGUAGUCGGCAUCAAAUACAAAGAUGGUAUUCUCUUGGCUGCUGACAUGGGAGGUUCCUAUGGUUCAACAAUACGUUACAAGAGCGUGGAGCGAUUGAAAUCAGUGGGAAAGCAUUCCCUUCUUGGUGCAAGUGGUGAAAUUAGUGAUUUCCAGGAGAUAUCGCGGAAACUUGAUGAGCUUAUCUUGUAUGACAACAUGUGGGAUGAUGGGAACUCCUUGGGUCCCAAAGAAGUGCAUAACUAUUUAACACGUAUGAUGUAUAAUCGCCGCAACAAGUUCAACCCACUUUGGAAUUCGCUUGUACUUGGUGGAGUGAAAAAUGGACAAAAGUAUCUUGGAACGGUUAGUAUGAUUGGUGUGCAUUACGAGGACGAUCAUGUGGCUACUGGAUUUGGAAAUCACCUUGCAAGGCCAAUUCUCCGUGAUGAAUGGCAUGAAAACUUGAGUUAUGAAGAAGGUGUUAAGUUAUUGGAGAAAUGUAUGCGUGUUCUUUUGUAUCGAGACAGAUCUGCAGUCAACAAGCUUCAGAUUGCAAAAAUCACUGAAGAGGGGGUAACAGUUUCUCAGCCAUACUCGUUGAAGACCUUCUGGAACUUCUCUGCUUUCCAGAAUCCCACUGUUGGUGCCGAGGGUUCAUGGUAGUAACUGGCUUCUGUAUUGUCUAAAGAUUGAUGAAGGAAAUACACAGGCAUCAUGUGUUGCAAAUUUCCAAACUUUCUGCAUCUUCAUGAGGCGAUGUUUGAUUCUGUAUGAUCGAAACUGCGGUGUUUCUGUGUAAACUAUAAAGACAUGCCUCAUUGUGCUGCACUUUUCCAUAGCUAUGCGUUAAUCUUAUCUUCCAAAGUUAAUACUGUGUGUUGUGAAAAUUGCCAAUUUAUUUGGCGUGCCAUAGCUUUAUCUAAGUCAGAAUGCAUUGUCUCGACUGGUUGAUAGCUGAAGUAUGCUCCGUUUACCUACUUUAA